AUGUCGCCGCCGGGAGAGGAGGGCAGGAGUCAGGGGAGCGUCAAGACGGAGCCGGAGGACGAUCCCUUGAUCACGCUCAAGGUGCUUGACCAGGAAGGUCGCAGGGCCUUCCACACCAUGAGGAUGAGCGACAAACUGCAGGGCGUCAUGGAUGCCUAUUACAAGAAGGCGGCCGGCGACGUGACCUACGGCACCGGGACCUUCAUGUUCGAUGGCUCUGUCCGUCUGCGGGGCUGCAACACGCCGGCGGAGCUCGAUCUGAAUGAUGGAGAUGAGAUCGAGUUCUUCCCGGUCAUGAUUGGCGGCGGCGGAUGGGUCGGUGCGUGA